AUGGAAACACAUCCAUCCAUGACUGUUGAUCCACUAGAAGCAAUCUAUAACAAUAACACACGUCGUGCCUCCCGUCUUCUCCAUCUUCUCACGUCCACUCAGCUAUAUGCUUGGUGCUCAAGAAUUGUUGCCUCACUGACUGCCUGUUGUCACAUAGAAGAUAAGUUUGGGGUUGCUCAGCUUUCCGGGAGUAAUGCUGCUGUGGUUUCGACACUGUUAUCAUGCCUUCUUGCUUUUGACUCAUGCCUUCUUGCUGUUGAGAAUUUCACGGGAGAGAACAAACAUGCAAUCACCAAUCAAUUAUUGGGAUCUUCGGGUAUCAAAUGGGUGACAGCUAAUAGAGGAAGAUUAGAUAUUACAGCUGCUUCUAGUAAAAGGAAAAAUGGGCCAGCAAAUUCAAAAGCUCAUGCUAUUGCUGAUGUUCUCAAGACAUCAAUCUACCAAAUAGUAUCUUCAUUUCAUGAUGAAAUGUUAGCUGCUAAACCAAGUCUUCUAAACAAGGACUGGAUCUCAAGCGAGAAACCACUUAUCGGUAGUCGUAAGAUGCUAAUAUGGAAAUGA